AUGUUCCGCAAGAUAUCGAUUGACGAGGUUUUGAUCUCAGCAUUUGUGGAGAGAUGGCAGCCAGACACGAACACAUUUCACUUGCCUUUUGGAGAGAUGAUGAUCCUUCUCCACGAUGUACAGUACUUACUGCAGAUUCCUGUUGAGGGACGGUUGAUGAGUAGGACUUCUGAGAAGAUAGAACAUCCGGAUGUGGGUUUUUGUGCGCUUCUUGGGAUGAACUAG